UUCCCUUUCCUUCCUCACCAGCCCACCAUGGAAGAACCCAAGCCAAUUCUACAGAAACCCCCCGGUUACCGGGACCCGGACUCCAAACCACCGCCACCUCCCCCGCGAAAGCCCAUGCUGCCACCCUCGUUCCAGCCCAAACCCAAGCGGCGAAGCUGCUGCCGCAUAUGCUGCUGCACCUUCUGCCUCACCAUCCUGAUCUUGAUCCUGGUGGUCGUGAUCGCCGCCGCCCUCUUCUACCUCAUCUACGACCCCUCCCUCCCGGAGUUCCACCUCGACUCCUUCCGCGUCCCCAAACUCAACGUCACCGAAGCCGCCGACGGGGCCUACCUGGACGCGGACACGUCCGCGCGCGUCGAGGUGAAGAACCGCAGCGGCAGGAUGACGUGGCACUUCUCACAGAGCCAAUUCACGGUUUCAGCGGAGAACGGAGACCUGAAUCUGGGGUCGACGAAGGUGGCGGGGUUCACGGUGAAGGAGAAGGGCGUGACGGGGCUGAAGGCGGAGACGAGCGUGAAGGAGCUGGCGUUGAACGAGAGGCAGAGGAGAAGGAUUAAGAGCGCCGUGGAGAGCAAGGCGUUGGUCCCCAGCGUGGAGGUUCGAACCAAAACCGGUUUGGGCUUGGGGGGUUGGAACUCACCCUCCAUCUCUGUCACUAUCGUCUGCGGAGACGUCACCAUGAGACAACUCCAAAAAGGAGACCCUCCCCUUUGCUCCAUCACUCUCCUCAAAUGGAAUUUGAACCUCUGGUGAUAGUCGAAAAGCGUUGAGGCUUAGAGAAGAAGACCAGCAAGGGACUUCAAGAAAGCCGAAUAUUAAGAUACAACAAAUCUUGAUUAGUUUUGAGCAAUGGUGAAAUCAAAUCAAAACAAUUAAUAGGAGUUUCUUGAGAGAUCCAAACCAUGAAGCUAGCAAUAAUGAGAAAUUACAAGCAAUUGAGACUGUUGUGUAACAGCUCAAUGUAGACAAGUCUUCUCAGUCGCUAGAAGUUUGUCUGAAAUAGAGGUUAAUCAAUCGAUUAAGCAACUGUUUAGACUCAUGUUUUCAUGUAAUAAUAUAGUUGUUAGGAUUUUUGCCUAUAAAUUGAGCGAAAGGUUCGUCAUGGGAGGAAUCACGAAGCCUACAACAUCCACUCUCAAUUAGGAUUAAUUAUCAAAUGCUAGAGACAACGUAUGUAGUUCCAACAUUAUUUCUCUAAUAAAUACAAUUCCAAAUGUUCAUUCGUUC